AAUACGUCAGGGUGCAAAGUUCAUACGGUGAGAGGUAAAGCGUGUAAGACGGUAAUUUUAACCGGUUUCGUAAGGUACGAAAUAAGACGAAGACUGGAGUCAUUGUCGAAAAAAACAGUCCGCCGUAACCACCUACAGAAAUGUCAUAUUGCAGGCAAGAGGAAUUUCUUGACAACACUGCUGAUGUCUCAGGCAAAGACAAAAUCAUCUUCGUGACUAAGGAGGACCAUGAAGCCCCCAGCAAUGCCGAGCUAGUAGCAGAUGACCCCAAUGACCCUUACGAAGAUCACGGCCUGAUCCUACCAAAUGGGGACAUCAACUGGAACUGCCCUUGCCUGGGUGGUAUGGCCAGUGGACCCUGUGGUCAGCAGUUCAAAGAAGCCUUCUCUUGUUUCCACUACAGCUCAGAGGAAGUGAAGGGCUCAGAGUGUGUGGAAAACUUCCGAAGCAUGCAAGAAUGCAUGCAGAGGUACCCAGAGUUGUACCCUCAAGAUGAUGACAGUGAACCCCCCAAAGAGACAGAUGCUGCUGCUGCCCCAACAGCGACAGAUGAAACUGCCCCCGUCAGUGACAAAGACUCUGCCUCUGCUGGCCCGGCAGAAUCCUCACCCACUUCGGAAGAACCAACACCCACAGCCAGCCCGCCCAAAAGUUAACGCUGUGUGCUCUAAAACUGUGCUGAGCCUGACCAGUGUGAAUCUGUAUAUGAGAAAAUGGCUGUGUGCAUGGGAGGAGAAGGAAUCACACCGGAACCUUUGUGGCGGACAAUCCCGACAGGAGUGCUGGAACUCACUGGUUGGCGUGCUGGACACAUUAAAAACUCAUAGACGUGGGUUGAAUUUUCUGUUAUCCCUCCACUGAGACGAUCAUUUAGGGUCCAGAAAUCAAAUAUAUGAGCGAAUUAAAGAAAUUCUUUUACAGCAUAUGAUAAGGUUGAUGCGCACUUAAAGCUUCUAGAAAUGUCCCACAUCGCAAAGUUAUUGUGAGUAUUUAUGGGGGUAGGUCAUUCCACAAAUGAUGCUUAUGCAAAAGGCUGUCAGUGCUCAAGAUAGUGCUAAUACUGAAUACCAAGUGGUGCUCUGUAGUCUCACGGGUCACUGUGUGUCUGUCUCUUACUGUUACUCUUUGUUGAUUGUGAAAGUCAUCAUGUUUCUUUCAGUGUUUGAAGAAUUAUUGUCUGUCUUCUGUUGGCCAACUUGAGAUAUACUGAUAUUGAGAUCCUUCAUUACAUAUUUUCUUACAACCAAAAUCACAAGAGUACGUGUUCAGUUUGCCUCAGUCAGAAAAAAAUAAUACACACUGGGCAGAUGGAUGGCAACACGAUUCUAUGGCCAGAAACACCAAAGGUCGUGUCACACUAACUCUAGUACAGAAUCAUCACAAGUGCUACUGGAGUGAUGAACCUACAGAGACUUUUCCGCAGUUUUUGCCUGUGCUCACUUCUUUCAAGCAAAGCCUUAAUGAGGUGUCCCCCCUUUACCCUUGAAAUAAUUUCAAAUUAAACAAACAAACUAUG